AGCUGCAUGAUCGAGUACAUUUCAUUGAUGCUAUCGUCGUUCGAAUGAUUAUACAAUAAGCAAUCCUUCAAAUAUCGUAAAAAGGUUUAAAGUCGAGGACUGUGAGCAACUGUGCAGUUCAACGGCAGAUUGUUUCGAUUUUAGUUAUUCUUCAGAUUAUGACUGUUCAAUUUACACAAAAACAAAUAUUUAUGAUUUUGUAGAAACAGAAUACAAGAAGGACUGCAAAUUUUAUUCCAGACAUUCAUCGGUCGAUGUUUCACCAUUGGUAAGAGCAAAUUAUUUGUCGACAAUACCACACGUGUUGCAACAGAUAAGGAUUCAAGUCUCGACUAACGGAAGAGGCUUUGAAGAUUUGUUCGUUGUGAAUGGACCUGACGAGAUUGGUGACAUUUCCCAGGAACUCCAUAGACGUGGUUCCUUUAGACCUUUAAGAACUGAAGAUUUUCCGAUGAUUAAAUCUGAUCGUCAUUUCAAGGAAGCACAGUUCAAGAUAGAGAAAGGCUCUCUUCAAAAUUGUUUCAUGGCUUGCUUGAAUGAUGAUGAAUGUAAUACAAUUUCAUAUUGCAUCAAUCAGAACAAGGAAUGUAUUCUGAGUGGAGAAACAUUAAGUUCAUUGGGGGAAAAACUUGAAGAAAAGACAAGCCAUGCAGAUGGAUGUAACAUCUAUCAAAAAUCAUUCAUCAAUCUAUUCCAUGAGUAUCCUGGCAAAAGUCUAGUUCUAGAUGCCGUCUCAACCACAUCUAAUGUACCAAUUGGUGACUGUGCUAAAAAAUGUGCUCAAUCAAAUGAUUUCACUUGUGAAUCAUUUGAUUAUUGCCAAGAUAACUAUCAAAGAAAUGAAUCUGUUUGCUUCUUACAUGUUAACCACAUUGAAAUAGACAAAGCUCAUCAAAUAAAUGCAACAAACUGGAAGGUGGCUGAAGCUGGAUGUUCCCAUUAUUCAAAAAAAUCUGAACUUGAUUAUGAACACAAAGUUGGACUUUCAUUGAAAGAUAACAUGAAAGAAUCAAUUGUUGGAACCUUUGACCAUCUAUCAUUAGAACACUGUGCUUCCAAAUGCAAUACAGAUCCCAAUUGUUUUACUCUUGAAUUUUGUGAAACAACUAAUUAUAAGAAAAUGUCCGAUAGUAGUUUUUCAUUGUCGAGUUGUUCAUUGACCAACUUGAAACCAGAUAAGGUUAACGAACCUAAACUAUUUGAUGAAGUAAAAGAUGACAACAAAAUUUGUUCAAUUUACAUAAAUCAUAAGAAGAUUACAGGAAAGAGUAAAACUGAUCCACAUUCAGCAGAAUUAUCAGCACCAAAGGAAUCAAGCAAUUCUAAUUUAGCAAUCGGAUUGGGAGCAGCAGUAUUCGUUAUGCGUUUGCUGGUGAUUCAUGGAUUUAAAUUUGCUGCUAAAAAGAGAUCAUUCAUAGACUAUAACAGCAAAAUCACAUCAGAGGAAACCUGA